CUGGAACACAGACUGCUGCAGGAGGAGCAACACGCAGAGCAAAGUUCACUGAGACAAAAUGGCUUCCAGAUCAGAAGAUCAUCUCUGCUGUCCGAUCUGUCUGGAGAUAUUUAAGGAUCCGGUUCUUCUGUCAUGCAGCCACAGCUUCUGUAAGGAGUGUCUGCAGAAACACUGGAGAAGAGGAACUGGUCGCUCAUGUCCAGUUUGUCGGAAAAGAUCAGCAUCAGAUGCUCCACCCUGUAAUCUGGCUCUGAAGAAUCUGUGUGAGAGUUUCUUACAGCAGAGAGAGCAGAGAGCUUCAGAGGAUCUCUGCAGUCUGCACUCUGAGAAACUCAAACUCUUCUGUCUGGACCAUCAGCAGCCAGUGUGUCUCGUCUGCAGAGAUUCAGAAAAACACACCAAUCACAGAUUCAGACCCAUUGAUGAAGCUGCUCAGCAACACAAGAAGAAGCUUCAGGAAACUCUGAAACCUUUAAAGAAGAAGCUGAAGCUCAGGAAGAAAGUUCAGGAGGAGUUUGAUCAGACAGCAGAACACAUGAAGGUCCAGGCCCGACACACAGAGAGGCAGAUUAGGGAGCAGUUUAAGCAGCUUCAUCAGUUUCUAGCAGAGGAAGAGGAGGCCAGGCUGGCUGCACUGAGGGAGGAAGAGGAGCAGAAGAGAGGGAUGAUGGAGGAGAAGAUGGAGGCUCUGAGCAGAGAGAUAGCAGCUCUUUCAGACACAGUCAGAGCCACAGAGGAGGAGCUGAGAGCUGAAGACGUCUCAUUCCUGCACAACUACAAGGCUGCAGUGGAAAGAGUCCAGCGCUGCCCCCUGCUGGAGGAUCCACAGCUGCCCUCAGGAGCUCUGAUAGACCAGGCCAAACAUCUGGGCAACCUGGCCUUCAACAUCUGGAGCAACAUGCAGACCAUGGUGACCUACACUCCUCUGGUUCUGGACCCAAACACGGCUGGGUCAUUCCUCCAUCUGUCUGAAGAUCUGACCAGUUUGACUAGAGGAGAGAAACAGCAGCUUCCUGAUAAUCCAGAGAGAUUUGAUAAAUAUUACUGUUCUGUUCUGAGUUCUGAUGGUUUUAACUCAGGGAACCACAGCUGGGAUGUUGAUGUUGGACACAGUGAUGCCUGGAGACUCGGUGUGAUAGAAGAAUCUGUUGAGAGGAAAGAAGGCAUAAUGUCUGGAUUGUUGGUUAUAUGGUUCUAUCAAGAUGAAUAUUAUGCACGUUCUCCACCAGCUCCUGCCACUUUUCUCUCAGUCCAGAAGAAUCUCCAGAGGAUCAGAGUGAAUCUGGACUGGGACAGAGGAAAGCUGUCCUUCUCUGAUCUGGAUACUAACACACACAUACACACCUUCACACACACCUUCACUCACAAGAUGUUUCCAUACUUCGACAGUAUUGAAAAAACCUUGAAGAUCGAACCGAUGAAGAUCUCAGUGAUCAAGCAGCUGAGGAGCAACACGCAGAGCAAAGACAAAAUGGCUUCCAGAUCAGAAGAUCAUCUCUGCUGUCCGAUCUGUCUGGAGAUAUUUAAGGAUCCGGUUCUUCUGUCAUGCAGCCACAGCUUCUGUAAGGAGUGUCUGCAGAAACACUGGAGAAGAGGAACUGGUCGCUCAUGUCCAGUUUGUCGGAAAAGAUCAGCAUCAGAUGCUCCACCCUGUAAUCUGGCUCUGAAGAAUCUGUGUGAGAGUUUCUUACAGCAGAGAGAGCAGAGAGCUUCAGAGGAUCUCUGCAGUCUGCACUCUGAGAAACUCAAACUCUUCUGUCUGGACCAUCAGCAGCCAGUGUGUCUCGUCUGCAGAGAUUCAGAAAAACACACCAAUCACAGAUUCAGACCCAUUGAUGAAGCUGCUCAGCAACACAAGAAGAAGCUUCAGGAAACUCUGAAACCUUUAAAGAAGAAGCUGAAGCUCAGGAAGAAAGUUCAGGAGGAGUUUGAUCAGACAGCAGAACACAUGAAGGUCCAGGCCCGACACACAGAGAGGCAGAUUAGGGAGCAGUUUAAGCAGCUUCAUCAGUUUCUAGCAGAGGAAGAGGAGGCCAGGCUGGCUGCACUGAGGGAGGAAGAGGAGCAGAAGAGAGGGAUGAUGGAGGAGAAGAUGGAGGCUCUGAGCAGAGAGAUAGCAGCUCUUUCAGACACAGUCAGAGCCACAGAGGAGGAGCUGAGAGCUGAAGACGUCUCAUUCCUGCACAACUACAAGGCUGCAGUGGAAAGAGUCCAGCGCUGCCCCCUGCUGGAGGAUCCACAGCUGCCCUCAGGAGCUCUGAUAGACCAGGCCAAACAUCUGGGCAACCUGGCCUUCAACAUCUGGAGCAACAUGCAGACCAUGGUGACCUACACUCCUCUGGUUCUGGACCCAAACACGGCUGGGUCAUUCCUCCAUCUGUCUGAAGAUCUGACCAGUUUGACUAGAGGAGAGAAACAGCAGCUUCCUGAUAAUCCAGAGAGAUUUGAUAAAUAUUACUGUUCUGUUCUGAGUUCUGAUGGUUUUAACUCAGGGAACCACAGCUGGGAUGUUGAUGUUGGACACAGUGAUGCCUGGAGACUCGGUGUGAUAGAAGAAUCUGUUGAGAGGAAAGAAGGCAUAAUGUCUGGAUUGUUGGUUAUAUGGUUCUAUCAAGAUGAAUAUUAUGCACGUUCUCCACCAGCUCCUGCCACUUUUCUCUCAGUCCAGAAGAAUCUCCAGAGGAUCAGAGUGAAUCUGGACUGGGACAGAGGAAAGCUGUCCUUCUCUGAUCUGGAUACUAACACACACAUACACACCUUCACACACACCUUCACUCACAAGAUGUUUCCAUACUUCGACAGUAUUGAAAAAACCUUGAAGAUCGAACCGAUGAAGAUCUCAGUGAUCAAGCAGCUGCAUUAACCUUCAUGUCUGACUCUUUAGUCUGAGUUCAGCUCUGAUUCUAAAAUGACUCAGAGUGAGAGGUCUCGUUUUUUUGCCCGUCUCUGGGUGAUUAUUUCUGUUUUUCAGGAAGUGAUGUAUUAAAAGAAAUGUGAAUUUUUUGCAAUAUGUGAGCAAUUCUGAUCUCAUCAAUGUGUUUAGUUUGCAAACUAAAUAGUUAAUUUUAGAAGUAAAUAUUUCUUGUCAAAGAUAAAUAUUUACCCUUGAAUUAAAUAUUUAGUUAGUAACUGAUAUUUAUAAAUGCAUGAAUAACAUGGUGAAAAUAUGACUUGGAAAUAUGACUACAGCCGGUAGUUUAAAAACCACUGAGCUGCUUGAAGAUCUGCUGCUGUUGCAUCAACCUGCUGCCUUCAGGUCUCCUGGUUCAGGUUCUGCAUUCAGAACCAGAAAUAAACUCUAAAACUGUUUUAAACCAAUUUCAGUCAAAACCGAAGUAAAAAUUUUACAAAACACAGUUUUAAUAAAACCCUUUUAAAAAACCUUCAGUUUUAUUAAAACUGAAAACAAACAGGAAGAAACUGAAGUUCAGAUGGAAGAUUUAAACACUGCAGUACUUUCUGUCACCGCUUGGUGUCACUGGAUCACCAUGUUUGUUUUUUCCUGCUUCUUCAUUUAAUGAAGCAGAUUAAGAUUAAGAUUGGCCUGAUUAUCUACACAGAGACAGUCAAACUGUGGUUUAUUAUUUUAAUAUUCUCAAAAUAUUUGUAUUGUUUGGUUUUUAUUAAACACAAAACUGAAGAACA